GACACCAUUUUGCUGGUAGAUUGGCAAAGCGUGGUGUUGGCCGAGCGUUUGCUGUCAAUUAAAAUUAAUUUGUGAUUUUUCUCGUCCAUAUUUCAACACUGAAUAUUUAUUUCAGCCAUGUCGAAUGGUAGCGGGGAUCAUGAUGACGAAGGUUAUGUUGUUAAACUACGUGGACUUCCGUGGUCUACUACCGUUGAUGAGAUUAUGAAAUUCUUCAGUGAUUGUUCCAUUUCAAAUGGCAAAAAUGGUGUUCAUAUGACUAUGUCUAGAGAGGGCCGUCCUAGUGGAGAGGCUUAUGUUGAAAUGGAUACACCUGAAGAUAUUGAAAAAGCUUGUAAGAGAGACAGAGAUCAUAUGGGGCAUCGUUACAUAGAAGUCUUCAAAGCAAAAAGAGGUGAAAUGGAAUGGGUAGUCAAAAGGAGUGGUUUAAAUCUGGAAAAUGCUAUGGAUGAUGGUUGUGUGAGACUACGUGGCCUGCCAUUUGGAUGCUCCAAAGAAGAAAUAGCACAGUUCUUCUCAGGGUUGGAGAUAUUGCCGAACGGGAUUUCACUACCGACAGACUACACGGGCCGCAGUACUGGGGAGGCUUACGUUCAGUUUGUUAACAAAGAUGUUGCGGAGCGCGCUCUGCAGAAACACAAGGAAAAGAUAGGACACAGAUACAUCGAAAUCUUCCGAAGCAGUUUGUCAGAAGUACGAGCUAGCAUUGGACCAAAAAUGAGAGGUGGGCCAAUGGGUGGCUUUAAUCAGAGACCAGCUCCCUAUGAUAGAGGUGCGCGGUUCGGUGGGAUGAACCGAUUUAGCAAUAACGGCAGAGGUUCUAGAAACAGAGACUUCGACGGCGGUCCCUGGGGAAGCGGUAACAAUUUUGAUUCCCGUGGCGGAAGUAUGGGUAUGCGUGGAGGUCUAGACAUGAAGGGCGGUAACUUCAGAGGCAGUGGUGACACAUGGGGUGGCAAUUCCGGCAUUCAUGGCAUACACAUGCGUGGAUUGCCAUUCAAAGCAACAGAACAAGAUAUAGCUGAUUUCUUCAGACCUAUUGAGCCAGUAAAUGUACGGAUUAUUCUUGAAAAUGGCGGGCGUCCAUCAGGAGAGGCUGAUGUUGAAUUUGCGACUCAUGAAGAGGCUGUUAAAGCAAUGUCUAAGGACAAAAGUCACAUGUCUCACAGGUACAUUGAAUUAUUCCUAAAUUCCACGGGUGGCUCAAGCGGAAUGUCGUUGGGCGGCAUUGGAAACUUUUGCGGAGGUUUGGGCAAUAACUUCAGGCCAGGAUAUUCUCCAAAUCGAGGCUUCAGUUCUCAGUUAGGAGGGAAUAAUUAUAAUAGUUUUUGAGGCCGGGUAUCGCGUUUCUUACGCUAUCGACGGUAAAACGCAUUGCAAAUCAAAGUUUUUAAACAGUGAAUUGUAUCAUCAAUGACAAUUUGAUUUUGAGUUUGCGUUCAAUUAGAAAUUAAUUUACUGUUUCGCUCUAUACUUAAUAAUCGUAUCGGGACACGUGUGAUUACGUAUGGCGAUACAUACAUGUUAAUUUUAAGCAGGACAUAUGAAGAACUUAUGUUGCACUUUUGAUAACAAUAUAGUAUUAUAACUAUCAAUAAACAUUAUUUAGUUUAGAUACGUUAAGGAAAUAAAUAAGAAUUCAUUUAUUGCAAGUUCUAUGUUUCUACGUUUCAAUACAAUUAUAAAUUGAUUUGAUUUUGUUGGAUAAAACAAAAAAUAAGGAAGAAAUCUAAGUCACAGGAAUUGUUCAAUAUUUUCCUUAUUUCUUUUCUUCUACACACACAUAUAGUUUUAAAUGCAUUGUACAUCCGCUACUUAAUUAAGACCUUAUUGAGAA